CCGUCUCGCACGCCACCGCGCACCGUGGCUAGAACAGCGCACGCGCACGCGACAACCCACCCACCGCACCCCAAGACACGUGCUCUAGUGAUUGCCACAUGACUUACAACUGAAGAACAAGAUGCAAGAGCAAAGUACGUCGCGAAACAAGGCAACACUCAAUUCGUUGGAAAGCGCUAUAAUAAAGUUGAAAAAUAACCUUCAGAUACAAGACACCAAAACAGAUAUGAGUGGUUUACUAAGCCUCGAAACGUCAAAUUGCGAAGAAACUAAAUGUAGUUCGAGCAAGGGAAGUACAAACUCUACAGCCAAUAUAAACAUAUCUAUAGCUUCAGCGGCACUUCUACAGGAGAAUAUGCUGCAGCGAUCUUUACAAGGUGUAGUAAUUUCUUUACAAAAUGCUAUGAUGAAUUCAUUACAGCAGGCUGCCCUUUUGCCAUCUAAUUCAGCAGCUGCGGCAGCCUUAAAUUUACAAGCAUUAGAAUCUUAUUUAACCUUACAACGCCUUACCUCCGUUUCAUCUGUCAGUACAUCUCCUAGUACAACAGAAAAUAACACAUCUGUGAAACAAGAUAUAUUAAGGAUAGCGACAGCAAGUGCAAAGAUAACUGAGACUGAUGUUUCAGAAAGUACAUCACGAGUUAUGUCCCCGAAAACACCCGAAGAAUACCCGUUAUCUGACGCAAUUGCUGCUGAAGAUGUUGAUUUAUCUGAAGAAGUUGAAGAAGAUUUAGCCUUAUUAGAUAAUGAAGACGAAUUUACAUUAGAGCAACAUUUAGAAUCUUCAUCGAAAAGCUUCAGCUAUAGUUCAUCACAGAAUUUAGACAACGGCUAUCCGAGCUUACUAAUGAAUGCUAUGUAUCAACAACAAAUCAAUAGAAGUCCUUCAAAUCCACCGCUCUCACCACAGCCUUCAAACUCCUCUAGCACAAAAUCUACAAACAGUUCCACGUCAUCAACAAGCAGCAGUAUAUCGAAUAAGCAAAAAACUUCUAGUAGCGGCUCAAGAACGAAGAAACAGUUUAUUUGUAAAUUUUGCAAUCGUCAAUUUACAAAAUCUUAUAAUCUUCUCAUACAUGAAAGGACUCAUACCGAUGAAAGACCAUAUUCCUGUGACAUUUGCGGUAAAGCUUUCCGCAGACAAGACCAUUUAAGAGACCACAGAUAUAUACAUUCAAAGGAGAAGCCGUUCAAGUGUCUCGAAUGUGGAAAAGGUUUUUGCCAGUCGAGAACAUUAGCUGUACAUAAAAUAUUGCACAUGGAAGAAUCCCCACACAAAUGUCCGGUUUGCAGCAGAAGUUUCAAUCAAAGAUCUAAUCUGAAGACGCAUCUUUUAACGCACACCGAUAUAAAACCUUACAACUGUACGUCAUGCGGGAAGGUUUUUAGACGCAAUUGUGAUUUGAGACGCCACAGCCUGACUCAUAAUCUUGUUGGAAUGUCGUCAUUAAACACUUCCCCAAGCGGAGCAGACGGGAAGAGCCCUUUACUUAAUCCAAAUUUUCCUAUCGAUAAUUUAGAUACUGAAGAGGAAAACUGAAAUUUAUUUAGAACAUUAUGAAUGUUCCCAAUAAAAGACUGAUAAAAAAUUCAAAGUGCCUUGUAGUUUUAAGUCUCGGAACAGGUUAUUUUGGGAAUGCAUUGAUCGCGUUUCAUAAUAGUAACUCUAACAUCUGUCAAUUUAUCUGGUGUAAGUAAGAGCUACGUAUGUAUUUAAGAUUAUUAGGUUAUAUGUUUAAUUUUAUUAUUUCAUUUGAAGUAUUUGAUAUAAUGUCAAUCUAUAAGUAGACGUUAUUUUGUAAUGUAUUUCAAUAUUGUCAUUUCCUUUGGAUGUGUUAAUAUUAUUUUGGAUAAAUGUUUUGUCUAUUCUGAUCUCAUUUUUGUAUUUGUAAAUAUAAAUUAUACUUGGCUAAGUCAAUUACAAUUAAUCCGUCCGUAUUUAAUUGUCAUUAUAUUAAUAUUUUUUAGAAUUUUUUAGAUGAAACCAUUCAGUGUCUUUAUUUUUUUAUGUAAAACACUUUAGACUGUUUUUUUUUUUGUGAAUAUAAAUUUAUAUGCUGUACAAAUUCGAUGGAAAUAAAAUUUAUCAAUAAUA